UUUUUCUUUUUUAUUAUACACUUUUAAAAAUGAACAUCCAUACUUGCCAUGCAUCACCUAAACAAGAAAAAAACCCACAUUUGAAUAACUUUGAAACAAUGUAUUUUAAAGCUCUUUUACAGUUUUAUGCAUCCAAUUGAUAGAGUAUAGAAUGUCAGGUGUAGAUCAGUUUUCCCGCAGAGCCAUCUGACCCCAGCUCCUCCAGUGAGUCAGGUGACCACCGGUCUUACCCGGAGCCCCGACCUCCCUCCAGUGCAAAGGAUCUCGCUUACCGCUGAGCAUGGCGUUCAUCGCAAAGACAUUCUACGACCUGAAGGCCACCACGCUGGAGGGCGACCCGGUGGACUUCAACGUGUACCGUGGGCGGGUGGUGCUGAUAGAGAACGUGGCGUCACUCUGAGGCACCACCGGCCAGGACUUCAGCCAGCUCAAGCAGCUCCAGAGCAAGUACCCCCAUCGACUGGUGGUCCUGGCCUUCCCCUGUAACCAAUUUGGGUAUCAGGAGAAUUGUAGCAAUGGUGAGAUCCUAAAUUCUCUGCAGCACGUGCGUCCAGGCGGAGGAUUCCAGCCCAACUUCACCAUCUUCGAGAAGUGCGACGUCAAUGGAGUAAACACACAUCCCGUCUUUGCAUAUCUCAAAGAAAAACUCCCCUAUCCCGGCGAUGACCCCAACUCACUCAUGCAGGACCCCAAAUUCCUGGUUUGGAGUCCCGUCAGCAGGACCGACAUAUCUUGGAACUUUGAGAAAUUCCUCAUAGCGCCUGAGGGAGAGCCGUUUAAAAGAUACAGCAGAAAGUUCCCCACCGUUGACAUUGAGCCUGACAUUCAACGAUUGUUAAAAUUAACCAAAAGUUAAGAAUGCAGACUUUUAACACCACGUUUAAGUCUUAUUUAAUGAAGGUGAUAUUAUGAAACCCAACAGGGAUAUCAUCUGAAGCUCUGUAAGAAUUUAAAUGAAGUGGUAACAACGUUUUCUUCAAUUCAACCUUAAUUACCUUCUCAAUAGGAGUAGGUUAGUGAUGGUCUACGGCGUGCUCUGACUUCCGUACAAACUCAGAUCACACCGUAUUAAGGUGAAAAAUACUAGGCCAUAAAAACAAAUCAAAUGGAAAAAAUUCUCGUAAAAUUACUUUAUUCAAGUACCAUACAUUUUUUUAAACUAAUUUUUCUGUUUAAAAAAAAAAAAACUACAUUGACAUUUUUUUAAAAAAAUGUUUUUCCCCUCUUAGAAUGAUUUAUUUUAUUUAAGCUUUUUCUGUCAGAUUACAAUUUUUUUUGUAAUAAAAGUAAGAUUACCACGUUAUGUCCUAAUAUUACAACUUUUGUUUGGUAACUUCACGACAAAGUAACAUGGCUUUUACAUGUAUCAUUACUUCAUUUACAUAACUGUACAACCUUUUUCACGGAUUACGAGUUUUGUCGUACUGUCGCGGCUUCAUUCAAGAUUGCAGAUGUUUUUCUUUAAAAAAAAAAAAAAAAAAAUAAUAAACCAAAGCCGUUCGUAACCCUUAAAUGCCGUAUGCCCGUUCCGUCGUAAACCGAGAAGCUCCUGUAUACAAUAAUGCAUGUCGAUAAACUGUCAUCUGUUUCUCUGCCUAUGCCCAACAGAUGGCGCUAUAUACUUGCUUAAACGGCUAGAACCAAUUCUGGAAGGCUUCUUCAAAUUCUCAUUCACCACACACAUACACUGACAAGAUGAUUGACUAUAGGAAAGGACCAGGAUAUGAGAAACGGCUCUCGGUAUGAUGUUUUCUACAGACCACGGGAACUAUAUUAACAGUGUCAACCAAAAUGUUGUGUUAGGCCAUUAUCCUAACCAUACUUUUCAUUUGCCGUGCUCGCAACAUGUUCUGGGUCAAUUUUGACGCUGGCCAAGAAUAUCGUCGUCAUGAUUAUCUUUAUCGAACUACGUUUCAAGUUCCAUUAUUCGUGAGUGUUACCACUGUCCCAGAAAAAUACGUUUAUCUGUUUUAAAUUCCCGCCAGUACCCCAAUUUUCCUUGAUUUACAUGAAUUGCUAAAGCUGAAAUCCAUUUUAGUUGGCUCAAAUUUGACCUGGAACAGCCUCAGUGCAUACAAACUUUACAGCGCCUGUACAAAAAUGACAUUUUAAAAGGUUUUCAUUUUUGUGUAAUUUGGUUCCCUUUAGGAAAAUUCAGCAAAUUUCAGAGUGAAAUACUAACAUAUGUUUGUUUUUUAUUUUUAUUUUUUAUUAUUGCUGUCAACUGUCCCAAACAGUAUGUAAAGCAGGGGUCUGCAACCCGCGGCUCCAGAGCCACAUGUGGCUCUUUCAUCCUUCUGAUGUGACUCUCUGUGACUUUGGAAAAUAAAGAGUAUGUAAUGUAAA